ACCCCGCGGGUCUCGGGUGGAAUCGGCCGCUCGGGUGUCAAGGCUCCCUUUAAGAGCAAUUACGGCAGAUGCACGAGUGUAUAGACAAGCCCUAUGGAAGCAAGUUUGGGCAGACUUCCUUGGCGGAGUUUAUAGGCUAAAAGGCUGAGAGAGAGAGAGGCGGGAGCCUGGAUAUGGGGGGAGGAGGGAGCGUUGGGGGAUGGGGGUAAAACAGCAGCCCAGGACCCGACCCUGAAAUAAAUCAAUCCUUUUGCUCAGCUUCUUCACUCCCAGAUUCCUCCCAGUCUCUUAGUUCUUGCCCUUUCCCCUGCCCAAGCUCAGCUCUAGCCGGGAGGGCUGGGGGGGGGGGGUGAGGGACCACGGGAGCCCCACUCGUGCUUCCUCUUCAAGCGUCCGCGGCCAGAGAUGGGGUUCGAGUGAUGGUAGCCGGCUCGGGGGUGGUGCCAGUCAACCGCAUCCUCGUCCUAAAUGCUUGGAGAAAAGGGGGGAAGAGAAGAAUUAUUGGCUCCCACUGGCAAUCGUUGAGAUCUCUGUUCCUGUGCCGCAAAAGCCACUUGGAGAUAACCAUCCCACACCCCUCGGUCGCCAGCCAGCACCUCUCCUCCUCCUCCUCCUCCCCCCCCCCACAUCCAGGGGGAGAGAGGGAGAGAGAGAAGGAGAGGGAGGAAGACAGGAAGAGAAAGAAGUAAAGGGGCAAAAUCUGGAAGCCACCGACAGCCGAGGGAAAACGCCGGAGCCCCUUCCCCAAAGAGAGGAGAGCCGAGGAGGAGACGGGGAAGCAGACGGAGUCACCUGCAGCUGCUCGCAUGAGAAGCACCGAAAGCCGGGGAGUUUGAGCUGAAGGCAGCCGGGGAGCAGCCACCUGCAACCCCCUCCUCCCUUCUCCCCUUUCCUCCCUCCGCUUCCCCACCCCCAGCCCUCACCUCUCCUUCUCCCCCCCCCCCCGAUUUUGCCAGCUUUCGGGACCGAGAAGCCCCCCCCCCUUCGCCGCCUCUGCCCAGCCCAGCCCAGCCAGCCCCCUAACUUGCCCCACGCUCCCACCUCCUCCCUCCCCUGCUUUCCUCCCCGCUGCCACCACUCCCUCCCCGGCACCGCCGCGGCCGCCGCCGCCGCCGCCGCCACUAAACUCCGAGAAGGUAUGACCCUCUCCGGCAGCGGCAGCGCCAGCGACAUGUCCGGCCAGACGGUGCUGACGGCCGAGGACGUGGAUAUCGAUGUGGUGGGCGAAGGGGACGAAGGGCUCGAGGAGAAGGACAGCGACGGCUGCGGCUGCGAGAGCCCGGCGGGGCCCCCCGAACUGCGCCUGGACGAGGCGGACGAGCAGCCGGCCCUGGCGCAGCAGCCCCAGCAGCCCCAGCAGCCCCAGCCCCUGUGCCUCCCCAAGGAGGCGGCUCCGGCGGCGGGGGGGGACCCGAGCGGCGGCGGCAGUCCGGCCGAGGCGGACGGCAAAGGCGGAGGGGGAGGAGGCGGGGGCGGAGGAGGUGGGGACGAGAGCGGCGGCGGCGGCGGCGGGGGCGGCUGCAGCAGCGGCGGCGGCGGCGGGCCGGCCGCGGGCCUGGCCCCCAGCAAGCCCAAGAACAGCCUGGUGAAGCCUCCCUACUCGUACAUCGCGCUCAUCACCAUGGCCAUCCUGCAGAGCCCGCAGAAGAAGCUGACCCUGAGCGGCAUCUGCGAGUUCAUCAGCAACCGCUUCCCCUACUACCGGGAGAAGUUCCCCGCGUGGCAGAACAGCAUCCGCCACAACCUCUCGCUCAACGACUGCUUCGUCAAGAUCCCCCGGGAGCCCGGCAACCCGGGCAAAGGCAACUACUGGACGCUGGACCCGCAGUCCGAGGACAUGUUCGACAACGGCAGCUUCCUGCGCCGGAGGAAGCGCUUCAAGCGGCACCAGCAGGAGCACCUGCGCGAGCAGACGGCGCUCAUGAUGCAGAGCUUCGGCGCCUACAGCCUGGCCGCGGCCGCCGGGCCCUACGGCCGCCCCUACGGGCUGCCCCCGGCCAGCGCCUACCCGCACCCGGCGGCCGCGGCGGCGGCGGCGGCGGGCGCGCUGCAGUACCCCUACAUCCCGCCCGUGGGGCCCAUGCUGCCGCCCGCCGUGCCGCUGCUGCCCUCGGGGGAGCUGGGCCGCAAGACGGCCGCGUUCGGCGGCUCCCCGCUCAGCCCCGGCCUGCAGCUGCAGCUCAACAGCCUGGGCGCCGCAGGCGCGCCGCCACCGCCACCUCGUCGCUCAUCAAGGCCGAGCCACAGCGGCCCUCCUUCAGCAUCGAAACAUCAUCCGGCGUGUCGGCCGCGGCCGGGGCUCGGCCGGCGGCGGCCCGAGGCGGCGGCAGGCGGGCGCGCAGGGCCAGGGCGGCCGGAGGCGCCCGGGCGCCAAGGGCGGCCAGAGCGAUCGCGCGGCAGCGCAGCGGCAGGCAGCGCAGACUUUCCUGCGGCCGCCGGUCUCGGUCCAGUCGGCGGCUCUCAUGGCCACGCACCAGCCGCUCUCCCUGAGCCGGACCACGGCGGCCAUCGCGCCCAUCCUGAGCGUGCCCCUCUCCGGACAGUUCCUGCAGCCCGCAGCCUCGGCGGCGGCCGCGGGCCAAGCCAAGUGGCCGGCUCAAUAGUAGCCCCCCCCCCCGCCCCGCCCUCCCCGGCCGGCCGCGGCCCGCCCGGGAGCAGGCAGGCUCCAGCUCGGGCCUCUCCCCUGCCCCGCCCCGCCUCCCCCUGCCUGGCGCUCUCCGACCCCACUCGCUUGCCCAGCGGUCCCCUCCACCCCCAGCGGAGCCCCCUUUCCCGAGGCCCCUUCUCCGGACCGGCGCACCCCGAGGCCCCCCACCCUGAGCCGCGCACCCCUGUUAGAUGGGCAGCCGAGGGAGCCUGA